AACGUCAAUUUUGGUUGGUGAUUUUCAUUUCGCUGAAAUUUUCUCACAUUUUUCUUAUUUCUAAUAAACAUGCAGCGUGAAAUUAAAGAGGUUAAGGACUUCUUGAUCAAAGCCCGCAGGAAGGAUGCCCGCACUGUCAAGAUCAAGAAGAACCCAAAUAACACCAAGUUCAAGAUCCGUUGCUCCCGAUUUCUGCACACAUUGGUGGUGUUCGACAUGGAGAAGGCCGAGAAAUUGAAGCAAUCUCUGCCACCAGGUCUGCAAGUGAAAGAAGUCAAGUAGAAGGUUCCAAUGGGGUGGGCGAACGACGUGUGACGCAUGAUGUCUGCGCUGUGCACGGGCGGAUGUGUUUU